AUGAGCGGCGCGUACCGCGUACCGGCGGACGCCGCCUCCUCGUCCUCGCCCCCGUUUGGGGCGCAGCAGUGGUCGUCGCCGCCGUCGAGCCCGACGUUUGCGCGUGCGUCGUCGCACACGUCCGCGGACCCUUUUUCGGGCUCCGCCAAGACCAUCCACAGCUCGGUGCGCCGCGCGUUUGGGCGCGCGGCCACGACGCCUGCGCGCGCGCACGAUGCGGAUGUCGAGAGCCUGACCCUGGUGCCUGGCCAGGAUUCCGAGGCGCGCGUCCUCGAGCAGUUCUUUGAGUCGUCCGAGGAAGAGACCGCGCCGAGCUCGGACGACGCGCUGAGCAGCUCGCUCGAGGCCUCGACCUCGUUCCUCCCCCGCGCGCGCUCCUUUGCGCGCACCGAGUCGGCGAGCACCGACCCGCUGAGUGCGCUCGGCGCGCCGCGCCCCGAGCCCAAGGCACAGCGCAUGCGCAUGGUCGGCACCUCGCCCAAGAAACUCACGCGCGCGCACCAGUGCGACGCGCCGCUGCCCGCGUGGGAGCAGAAUUCGGCAGACAAAGCGCCGUGGCGCCGCGCGGACGCCGUGCAGUGGCACGCGCUCGUCAAUCGCAUCUUUGACGAAGGCAAAGAGGCGCCGGCACUGCUGCUCGGCGGGUGCCACGUCGAGCAGAUCCCCUCGAUCAUUGGCGAUCUGCACAGCUAUGUCGCGAUCGCGCCGCGGCGCGCCGACGACGGCACACGCACCGAGUCGCAGCGCGACCGCGCACGCAGCCUGCUGCAGUGCUACCUGUGGGACAAUCAGCUGACACGCCUGCCGAGCGCGCUCUUUCAGCUGACCAACCUCGGGGUGCUUUCCCUGCGCAAGAAUGCACUGACGCACCUCCCCGCGGCCAUCGGCGAGCUGCACGCGCUGCGCGAGCUCAACAUUGGUGGAAACGCACUGAACUACUUGCCCGCCGAGAUCCAGCGGCUGGAGCUCGACACAUUUACCUACGUCCCGAAUCCGUUCCUCGCGCUGCCGAGCGACGCGGUGCUCAGCCAGCGCCCGCGCCACGCGCGCCGCACCGAGAUGGCGCCGCCGCCCGUGCCGCGCUGGGCUCGCGCACACACCGAGUCGAGCACGCGCUGGCAAAAGCGCCCAGAGGCCUCGGCGCCGAUCGUGCGCGCCCUCGGGCCGCUCGCGCGGCAUGCGUUGCCGACGCUCGCGGAAGUGUGCAUCCGCCGUCUGCUCAGCGACAGCGACGACGGGGUGCUCUUGGAUCAGUACGAGACGGGCUGCCUGUACGCACUGCAGUUCACGCUCGACGUCCGCCUCGUCGCCCAGCUCGAGGCGGCGCGCCGCAGCGCCGCGCGGCUGUGGGGCACGCCGACCAAUGCGCCGCUUGCCGCGCGCAAGUCCAAGCAGCGUGUGUGGUACGAAGACGCGUCCUUCCACCGCUCGAGCACGCCGCCGAGCCCGGGGAGCGAGGCGAGUGCGUCGUCGCUGGGGUCGUACGCGCCGAGCGCGUUCGACGUCGACCAGCUGCUCGAGCACGCCGAAGACGCGUGCGCGAACCCCUACUUUAAUCGGUGCCCGAAUCCGAGCGAGUCGGCCGCUGCGACGGACGGCUGA